CUCACAGUACACGUCGUCUUUCCGUGGCCCAGCUCGCGAAGAACAUUAAUUUCGCCUUGACUCGGCAUUGCCGCGAUGGUGGGACCCCUGCCCUCGUUACCCAAGAUCGCCGAGCUGCGAGAUGCCUUUGGUGACAACAAGCCGCCCGACAUCAGCAGAAAGAUCACUGCGUGUGUUGCCUGUCGGAAGCAAAAGAUCAAAUGCCACAUGAUGGGAAGCAAGCCCCCUUGUACUCGCUGUAGGAAGCGGGGGUUAUCGUGUACUGUGAAUCGGAGCCUGCAGAUGCUCCUGGAGGAUGACGUUACCUGGAAGCAUACGAUGACGCACAAGCUACGGCGUCUGGAGCACAUCAUCGAUAAGAUGGCAGACGCUUUGGGUUUGAAGGACCUUCGCGCCCUCGCCGACGGGGACGCAGACUUGCCCCUUCCGCGUACGCCUUUCGACCAUCAAACAUUGCAAGGGGAUCCUCAACCUUAUGAUUCUACGGAUCGCGAACAAUUGUGGGAAGUUACCGUCGAUCCGCACUGCGAGCCCGCUUCCAUUCCCGCAUCCUGCAUCUCGGCAGUGCGAAGCCCCGGUUCAGCAGGGCCUCCAGCUAUAGCAACGUCCACGCUGGUCUCCAAGGGUGUGAUAUCGCAAGAGCAGGCCGAAACCCUUUUCGGCGUGUACCGCGAUCGCCUAGACCACCUUCUCUACCGUAUUCUCGGAGAUCACACAGGCCUUGAGUCGGUAGUGGCCAGCUCGUCCUUGCUGACAGCGGCGGUUUGCACCGUCGCGGCGCUCCACUCCGUUGAUCUAGGCCAUCUAUACGACAGGUGCUAUCGUGAGCUGCGCCACCUCGUGGCCGCGCAGAUGCUAUCAAAGCAGCACAACGCAGACGAUGUCCGGGGGCUCUGCAUCGGAGCUUUCUGGCUCAAUGGCCCCUCGUGGGCGCUCGUAGGUGCUGCUGUGAGAAUCGCGUCGGAAAUUGAGCUGCACCAUUCUAUAUACAAGGCCCUCCAAGGGGAUCGAGCGGCGUACAUGCGAACUCGGCUGUACUACCUUGUCUACGUUUGCGACCAUCACAGCUCUGUCCUGUAUGGACGUCCGCCCAUGUCACACGGAUGCGAAAGCAUCAAGGCCGCAAUGGAGUUCCUCGGCACCGAGCACGCAACCGAAGACGACGUCCGGCUCGUAACGCAGGUCAAGAUUUGGUCCAUCUCCGGACAAGUCUUUGACUAUUUCGGUGUCGACGUCAGCAAGUCGCUGACUCCCGCACAACUGCCACAGCUAAGACGUUUCUCCAUCUCACUGGACACCUGGUACGCGGACUGGAGCGAUCGGUUCGGACCCAACGCCAACGUGGGCAACUACCCAGCCAAGGGCGUCGGACUUCACUUUCACUUUGCAAAACUGUACCUCUGCUCUCACGCAUUUCGCGGCAUCCAAAACGUGCAAAAGAAUGGAGGGCCUCGAAAGCUGUCGCCCGAGCUGGAAGAAGUCGCCAACACCGCCGUCCUUUGUGCCUCCUCCAUCCUCGGCGUCAUGACAGCUGACACUGAAAUGCAAUCAUACCUCAAUGGACUGCCUCUAUGCUUCGACAUGAUGAUAGCGUUCUCGGUCGUGUUCCUCCUCAAAGUCGCGACGAAAUACCCCGAAACCGUUUGGAUGGACAAGAGCAAACUGUUUGACCUCGUCGCGCAAACUGUGCAGAUGCUCAAGGGCAUUUCACACACUAUGCACGAAAAUCAUCUCCUGGUGUCUGUAGCCAAAGGGCUGGACAAGCUGGUGCACAAACUCCAAGAUCCAUCGCCGGACGAGCCAGCCAUGGCGCAGAACCCUGUCCUUCAUCCGAGUGUUGCGGGCUGUUCUUCAAUGCACGAUGACAUGGAGUGGGUGCAGGACAUAAAUACUUUCGACUUCUUCAGUUUGCAGACUCCCUUGCCCGAGCUCGACAGCUGGCCCUUGAAUCUAGACUAUGAUCUGCAUGGGCACCAGAUAGACAGGGGUGGAUAA